GACCAAUCCAACCUCCACUUCAUCAUCUCUCUUCUCCUUCAAGGAAGCCAUCUCCUCUGCAACUGAAACUCGAAGCAACCUCACCAAAGCUGUCUCCUUUAUCCCAUAUUAGAGGAGAGAGAGCUCCGUAUUGUUCGUGGGAGGAUCGAUUCAUCUGCGUUGAUCUCGGAGUGAAUCUGUUGAGCGAUACCGGGGAAACAUCCUACGACCCUCAAGAAAGGAGAACAAAGAUCGUAAUUUUGAAGGGGAAUAACUCCAAAAGAUCCAAUCUUUCUAUCUUUGAGGGCUGCCAGCGCUCUUGUAUCGCCUGUCCCUCCUAUUCAUGCACUGUUAGUCUCGCCAGACGUGGAAGGGGAUGCAGGAUAACUGAGAAGUGGUUAAAGAUCUCUUUUUUUCUAUCUUUAGAGCGUUUGUAGCCGUCUGAAAUCUGCUGUGACUCCUAUUCUUGCUUGCCUUCGCCAUUUCUUUGGGGAAGCAAUCACUUUACAUUGGUGUCCUGGGACGCUCCUUGGUUGCUAUGCUUCUUGCCGGCAAGCUGUAGGCCGUGAUGGGUUGCGUGGCGUCGAAGGCCCCUGUUACGCCUGCAUUAGACUCGUCGGGCGCCUCCGCGGACCUUGAGAACUCAGAGGAGUUUUUGCCGCCGUCGUUGCUGUGGAACCGCCCUCAGCUUUGCAACUAUGAGUUCGGGGACCAAAGCGAGUCAGAAGAGUCCAAGAAGAAGAGCUCGGCCGGCACCAGCUCGGUGAGCUUUCAGUUGCGGAAUCUGAACUGGUGCACUGAAGGGGAGCAGGUCGCGGCAGGUUGGCCCACAUGGCUGAGCGCUGUCGCCGGGGAAGCCAUUCAGGGAUGGGUGCCCCUCAAAGCUGACUCCUUCGAGAAAUUAGAGAAGAUCGGGCAAGGUACUUAUAGCAGCGUGUUUAGAGCACGCGAGACCGAUACAGGAAGGAUUGUUGCCCUAAAGAAGGUGCGCUUUGACAAUUUUGAGCCUGAGAGUGUGAGAUUCAUGGCAAGAGAGAUACAGAUUCUCCGCAAGCUUGAUCAUCCAAACAUCAUAAAGCUGGAGGGCAUUAUUACUUCUCGGCUAUCGUGCAGUAUAUACCUUGUUUUUGAAUAUAUGGAGCAUGAUCUUGCAGGGUUAUCAUCUUGCCCAGAUAUCAAAUUCAGUGAACCACAGAUCAAAUGUUACAUGCACCAAUUACUAUCUGGACUUGAUCAAUGUCAUUCACGCGGCAUCAUACAUCGGGACAUCAAAUGUGCAAACCUUCUAGUUAACAAUGAAGGAAUUCUGAAGAUGGCUGAUUUUGGUUUGGCAAACAUCUUGAAUCCCGAGGAAAAGCAGCCACUCACUAGCCGAGUUGUGACGUUAUGGUAUCGUCCGCCAGAGCUUCUUCUAGGAUCAACAGACUAUGAUGCAUCUGUAGAUUUGUGGAGUGUUGGAUGUGUAUUUGCAGAACUCUUUCUUGGGAGGCCUAUCUUGCCAGGGAGAACUGAGGUUGAACAAAUUCAUAAGAUCUUUAAGCUCUGUGGUUCUCCACCAGAAGUAUAUUGGAAGCAAUCCAGGAUGCCGCAUGCAACAGUUUUUAAGCCUCAACAUCCUUAUGAGAAUUGCCUCCAGGAGACAUUUGACACUUUACCAGAAAGCGCAUUCGAAUUGUUAGAAACAUUUUUGUCGAUCGAGCCUAAGAAACGUGGCACAGCCUCUGCUGCUCUUGCUUCUAAGUACUUCAGGACAAAGCCUUACGCGUGUGAUCCAUCUAGCUUUCCCAAGUAUCAACCUAACAAAGAAAUCGAUGCAAAGUUUCGUGAGGAGUCACGCAGGAGGAGUGUCAGUAGCAGAUUAAAUGUAGAAGCAACAGGAAGACCUUCAAGACCAUACAAGCCUUCACAAGAAUCAAAUGGCCUUGCAAACACAGCAUCUCGCAGAGAGGGGUUGAAAAUUGCUCAAGGAUCUAAUAGAAGCAAUGUAAAACAAGAGAUUCCAAGAGUAAACAAUGGUACAAGGCUAAUCAUUGAUCAGCAGCCAAUGCCAAAUAUUAGAUACCAAGAUGAGCAUCGACAUGUCAAGCAAAACUAUCAAAGAGUGCCUUUCUCAGGUCCUUUGCAUCUCUCUGCUUCUACCAGCUUUGCAGGUCCAAAGAAACCAAAUGAAUUACAUUCACACAUCAAGCCUCAGGCUAGAUCCAGAUCCAGACAUGACAAAUCGGGAAGGUUGGGUCCAUCAAAUGUUUCAGAGAUAACAAGAACUUUCAAAGUGAAUGGAGAAGAAAAUAGAGAUCUUGGACAUGCUUCCUCUUCCAAUUCAAAAGGCUACAAGCCAAAAGACGCAUUUCAAAUCCCACGGAGACAUCCGGAGCUUCAGGACUCAACAUAUUCUUUCAAUGCCUACCGUUCUCGUGAUGCAGUUUCAUCUAAGAAUAGGAGCUUGGGUUAUAUAUAUCAAGGAGAAAAGGUGGAGUUCUCCGGGCCUCUACUGCUCCAAUCGAAAAAGGUUGAUGAAUUCCUGGAGAAGCAUGAACGGCACAUCCGCAAAGCUAUUCGGAAAUCAUGGUUUCAGAGAGGGAAAAAAGCAGGGACUGUAGAGAUCCAUGGAGGUUAGACAAAUACAUACAACUUGGAGAUGCAACAGUCUCAAAAUCCAACACAGUGAGACUGCAGGGCUGUUCUUCUUCCGGUUGAGAAACCGAAUGAGCACUGUGGAGAUCGGCUUGUGGGGAUUAAAACUGUAGGUUUCAUUGUAAAUGUGGAUGUUUUUUUUUUUGGUGCUGUAAAAGCCUGAAUGAAUGCAGGUUCCAGAGUUUGUAGACAAAGUUGAUAGUGUUUUUGUGCU